AUGACUACUCGAAGAGCUUUUGCUAGAAGGAUCGAGGGAGAAAAUAUUGGUCAAGAAGCUCAUUCUCAAGCUCCUCAAGCUCCAGUUUACCCUUUUGCAGAGCAAGUGACUAAUGCAGAGUUUAGGACUGCUUUUAAAGUGUUGGCUCAAGCUGUGACAGCCCAAGACAAUAGGGAUGUUGUGAAAUCAAAUAUGGUUGCCGACUUUAGGGUAAGGAUGAACAAGUUCAUUUUGGAUGUGUCUGAAUUGGUAGUGAAAGAGUGCUGCAUGGCUAUGCUUUUCCAUGGCAUAGAUAUUGCUCGUCUUAUGAUUCAUGCCCAACAAAUUGAAGAGGAGAAACUUAAAGAGAGGUCUAGAGAGACUAAGAGGUCUAGAAUCGGUGAUGGUAAUUUCUCUCAUGCUAGGUCUGAUGGACAUGGUCGUCCUAGGUAUCGACAAAGGUUUUCCGGGCAAGGUUCCUCUAAUUCUCCUAAGUUUCACAAAAAGAGGGUGUCUAACCCUAAACCUCAAGGAGGUGGUGGUGGGUCUUCAUUGCCAAAUUGUGCUGAGUGUGGAAGAAAUCAUGAAUGUAAAUGUCUAGAGGGUUCCAACACUUGUUUUGGUUGUGGUAAGAUGGACCACAAGAUGAGGAAUUGUCCUUCAGUUGAGAAGAAUGAGGGAGAUAGUCCUCGUAGGGCUCAACCCUAUCCUUCAUCCGGUCCAAGUGGUUCGGGUUCGAAUGCCACUAAGCAAAAUAGAACCCUGGUAGUCAGAUUUCAGUAUCCGAAUGAGCGUAUCCUAGAGUGGAGUGGGGAAAUGCUAUGCCGAAAGGUCGAUUUAUUUCUUGUCUUAAAGAUAGAAGAAUGA